GAGUGGAUAAAUAAUGUGCACUGCUCUGAGCCCAAAGGUACGCAGUGGGCCUGGUCUAUCUGACAUGCAUCAGUAUAGCCAGUGGCUGGCCAGCAGACAUGAAGCUAAUUUACUUCCGAUGAAAGAAGAUCUCGCACUGUGGUUAACAAAUCUACUAGGGAAGGAGAUUACAGUUGAAACUUUUAUGGAAAAGUUGGAUAAUGGUGCUUUGCUCUGCCAACUUGCUGCAACCAUGCAGGAGAAAUUCAGAGAGAGCCUAGAUGCCAACAAGCCCACAAAGACUCUGCCAUUGAAGAAGAUCCCAUACAAAGCCAGUGCACCAUCAGGCUCCUUUUUUGCUCGAGAUAAUACAGCAAAUUUCUUAUCCUGGUGCCGAGACUUAGGAGUGGAUGAAACAUGUCUAUUUGAAUCUGAAGGUUUGGUCCUCCACAAGCAACCCAGAGAAGUGUGUCUCUGUUUGCUGGAGCUUGGCCGGAUUGCUGCCAGAUAUGGUGUGGAACCUCCUGGUCUGAUAAAACUGGAAAAAGAAAUUGAACAAGAAGAAACACUUUCUACCCCUUCUCCUUCUCCUUCUCCAUCAUCAAAGACUUCUGGAAAAAAGAGCACAGGAAACUUGCUGGAUGAUGCUGUGAAACGGAUUUCUGAAGAUCCUCCUUGCAAAUGCCCAAGCAAAUUCUGUGUGGAGAGGCUCUCCCAAGGCAGAUACCGAGUAGGAGAGAAGAUUCUCUUCAUUAGGGGUCUUCAUGGUUGUUACUAUGUCUCCACAGCCAAAACAAAGCAGACAUUUAAGAUGCUGCACAACAAACACGUGAUGGUCCGCGUGGGAGGAGGAUGGGAAACCUUUGCAGGUUAUUUGUUGAAACAUGACCCCUGCAGAAUGCUGCAGAUCUCCCGCGUGGAUGGUAAAACAUCUCCCAUCCAAAGCAAAUCUCCAACGCUUAAGGACAUGAACCCGGAUAAUUACUUGGUGGUCUCUGCCAAUUACAAGGCUAAGAGGGAGGUUAAGUGAAGCUGAUUGGUUGCUGCAAGGGGACUUUCAUAAUGACCUAUAUCCUCUUAUCCAGUGUAGGUAGUUUAGUUCGCAGGCUCUGAAAACUGUUUCUGCGGG